GACCUAAGAAUAGUGUUGCAAAUAGGCACAUGGACCAUAUUCAAAUAGGAAGGUGGCAGGAAACGUUAAUUGCUCCUUUAAACAAAUGAGUUGUCCUCUGAAAUCUCCACAUCAUGGAGCACAACAGCUUUCAGCGAACCACAAGUUCGCAUAUGGGAUUUGGUGCGCACCAAUCGUACAUACGAGUGUACAUGCAUGCGCAAUUGCAUGUACAACUGAGGCAAAAGUACGGCAUUGCCUGUCUACAUUCUUAACAUUUGUCUGUUUUUGGGGUUCCCUGCUCAGUGUUCAGUGUGUCUCGCAACAAGAUGUCACGAGCGGGCGUAGAGGAAGAAGGUCUGCCAGCUGAAGAUAGAUUGGAUGAAUUGGAUUAUAUGGACGAAGAAUUUCUUGAAGACAGCGAGACUUCUUUACUUCGAGAAUCAGAUCCGAGAGAGGAAGAUGUGGUAGAAGUUGGGAACUUAUAUCUAAUAUGCCUGGCCAUCAGCACUGGCGGACUUCAAGUGAUAUGGACGGCUAUUAUGUCUCAAGGCUCUCCUUACUUGGUCUCGCUCUCGGUCCCCAGCUACCUCAUCUCCCUAGUUUGGCUCGCUGGUCCCCUCUCUGGUGCAAUCGUUCAACCAUACAUUGGCAUUUUAUCUGAUCGCUCUGAACACUCUCUCGGCCGUCGUCGACCAUUUAUCAUCAUAGGUACUAUCGCAACCAUUGUUUGUAUCCUCGCACUUCCUUGGACAACCGACCUGAUAUCAUACCUCUUUGCCUUAUUGGGAAGCUCCCCCGUAGGUCGCGGUGCAAUGAUAUGUAAAGGGGUUAUCGCAGCUGCUUGGAUAUGGGCUUUGAACAUCGCAAUUCAACCCGUGCAAGGGGGACUAAGGGCAAUUGUCGUAGACUGUGUUCCUCCGAAACAACAAGUGAAAGCUUGCGGCUAUGCGAGUGCUGCUGCCGGAAUUGGUUCAAUUUUAGGGUACACUGCCGGCUAUGUUUCUCUGCCGAAAUAUUUACCAUGGCUUGGUGACACUCAAUUGAAAGGGCUUUGUCUGAUCGCUUCCUUGGCAUUGGGUUCAACUGUUGCGGUGACCUGCUUUACAGCAAAAGAAAAACGAUUUGUUUACUUAGAUGCAAGUCCGAAGAAACAGAGUUUCGCGAGGAAUUGUCGUCAGAUAUUUAGCAGCGUGAAGACGUGUUCGAGAGAGAUAAGGAAGAUUUGCAUAGUUCAAUUCUUCGCUUGGAUAGGCUGGUUUCCGUUUUUAUUUUAUAUAACCUCAUACCUAGGUGGUCUUUAUGAAGCAGAAUACACUGCGAUAUCCAAAAAGGAAACUCCUACUAUCACAUUUCCUACCACAUCACCUCAUUCCAUCCGUCAUGCAACAUUUGUCAUGAUUCUCUUCGCUCUUGUUGCACUCAUCUCGAAUCUGACACUUCCUUUGUUUAUCUCGUCCUCCUCCAUCAGUUCUAAAGAUCAGAAACCCACUUUCGUCUCCCGCCUCCACAUCAAAUUUCUCACCCUUCCCCGCGUCUGGACACUCUCUCAAAUUUUCACCACUCUUCUCACUUUAUCUACCUUAUUGACCUCCAGUUUUGUCUCCACUUCAGUCCUUAUCAUCUUCCUCGGUAUCUCCUGGGCCACCACCACUUGGAUUCCUCUCGCCCUCAUCUCUACUGAAAUCUCGCAAUCUCAACAUCGCUCCCGCUCCACUACCUCCACUUCUUCCAUCCCCCUUUCUCCAAUAGCUCAACCUGCCUCUUCAUCCCACAAAAGAAACAAAAUCCGAGAGCCGUUACAAGCAGGCACAAUAAUGGGUCUCUUUAACAUGGCAAUUGCUUUACCGCAAAUUAUCGCUGCGUUACAGGGAAGUCUAGUAUUUUGGGUAUUAGGAGAGGUUGGAGUUGUUGGAACAGAAGCAAUGGGCUGGGUCAUUAGAUUGGGAUGUUUGGGAAGUAUGUUUGCUGCUUGGUUAGCUGAUUCAUUAUGAAACACGCCGUUUUUGAAUAGAUGGAAAUCUCAGGCGCUGGGUGGUGUUUAGGUUUUUAGAAGCUUUGGCAUAAACUUGGGUUUGGUGAUUCAUAAUUGGCGUUAUAUUGCGUUCAGAUCAGGUGGUAGUGUAGUGAAUAUAGUAAAUAUAUAUACUUCAAAUCU